GGGGGAUGGGCAGCGGCAGCAGCAGCAACAUGAGGCGGGGCCGCCGCCGCAGCAACAACCGCAGGAUGAGGAGGCGGGGUCCAAGCAAGGCACGAGUUGCUGUAGCAGCAGCAGCAGUGUUGAUAGCGCCACUAUUAAUAACUGCAAUCAUGAUAACAACUUUAACGGUAGCAGCGGUACGGUGAGGGGUUGUUCCAGCAACAAUAGCACUAGCUGCCGGAAGCCUAGCAGUGCUGUUUCGUCCUGGCGUGCGCUGAGUGUGACUUCCCUGCAUCCUGGUGACCGGGUGUAUGUGGUACGGCAGGCGGCUGCACGGCACACGGGGAUAGCCAUCGAGGAGUUUAUUGUGGAGAAGUAGUGUGCGUGAGGGGGGUCAAAGAACAUACCGAACCAUAGGAAACCACAGGUUAGGGCAAGCAAUGGGGAUAAUAUGGGGGGGGUGUCGGAGGGAGUCGGAGGUGAUGAGGGAUACAAGGGGGCAGGGAAGGAGUGGGAGGGGAGUAUGGAGAGAAUGGGGAUUUGGGUCAGAGGGAUAAGGGAGGAGGAGGGAUAGGAGGUAAUUAAAAGUGAGAGCCGGAAGGGGACCGUUGUUGCGGGAAACGUGGUAGGCGUGCGCAUGGUAUCGCAGGUGGCUAUUGUGUGCGGAAUCACAACACUGUAAUUGCUUGCAACAGCAGUGCCGUACUGCACUGCAUGUCGUAUACAUCCAUGUAGGCCUUGUGGGUCGGACGAAACCCAUCUGGGUUGGACGAGCGAGGCCCAUCUGGGUUCACUAGGGGCAGUCAUUUCGUAACGACAAAGCCGCCCCUGGCAUCUUCCAUAAGCGUUCCGGCUGUUCCCUCAUGUUCCGGUUGUGACGUGCCGGCUAUCCUUCAUCGCCGGUAUGCCGUUGGAUCUGCGUAACGUGCCCUUCUCGUCGCAUGUUGGGCUUGGUUGGCAUCGUAUGUCCUGCGGGUUUAUAGCUGAGGAGGAGUGAGGCGCCAAGGAUGAACUGUUAAGCCAGCGUCAGCAGUUGGACUUGUGACCUUGUCGUAAAUUCUGGCGUUGGGGUCGUACAUGCUACC